UGACAUCGUAUUUCGCGUCAUCGUUACGUCCUGCGUUUGAUCGAUGAAACUCCGCCGUAACCCAUCUUUGUGGAUCGCUUAUUGUUGCUGCACUCAUAAUUCAUUAUCUUGCAAUCAUGGUGAAAUUGACAACAGACAUUGUCGAAAGAAAGUGUUCUCAAAUAUUAACCAGUAAAUCACUUAGUAAAACAAUGAAAAAAGAUGAAUUGUGGAAAUUGACUCAUUUACAUAUGAAUGACAUGUUUAUCAGCAGCAUUGGCAACAUCGCUACUUACAAAAGCUUAAAAAUCUUAUAUCUUCAGAAUAAUAAUAUAUCGAAAAUAAAAAAUCUUCAUUUUGCGUGUAAUUUGACACAUCUGUAUCUGCAACAUAAUGUUAUAACGAAAAUAGAGAAUUUGGAAUCUCUACAGAAUCUCCAAAAGCUUUAUCUAGGGCACAAUAAUAUUAUUGUAGUUGAAGGAUUGGAAAAUACCAAAAAAUUACAAGAAUUGCAUAUCGAAAAUCAAAGGAUUCCACUUGGCGAAUCGUUAUGCUUCGAGCCACGCAGCGCUUUUACUUUAUCUAUGUGUCUAAAAGUUCUUAAUAUUUCUGAUAACAAAAUGACAUCCUUGAGUAAUCUAAUAGAAUUUCAAGAAUUACAUACGUUGAAUGCGAAAAAUAAUCUGAUCGAUAACAUCGACGAUUUAACUGCAACAAUAAAUACAUUGACUUCUUUAAAAGAUCUGUCUUUACAAGGUAAUCCUGUUACAUGGUCCUACAGAUACAAGGAAAAUCUGAUUGCUAACAGCAUUUCGCUAGCUAAUCUCGAUGGAAAAAUUGUAACUGACAUUUGUCGAAAUUUCAUGAAAAAAUUUAAAAUGGAAAAACACAAUCGACGUACAAAAAAUGCGACUAAAAUCCCAUUAAGAGACGAUAUAACAAGUUCUCUGAACUUGCCACCGGCCUUUAAAAGAUCUAUUUCAAGAGCGAUUUUUCAGCAUCCUGGACCACAUUUGUCUGUAACAAUUACUCCUGGAUCUCUCUCGGUAGGAAGUCAGCUGCAGGUGUUUCCACCUUGGAAGUCAGCAUCUAGCAUCAGAAGUAUCAAGGAUAAUCAUGUAACACCGAGACCAUUUUGGAGCAAUGUAACUAAAAACAAGGAGACUCGUUCAACACGCUCUCAUGUCAAUAAUAAAGCAAUUGCAUUACCGCUUAUUUAAUUCUUUUUAUCAAUCUUAAACAAUUAUUACUGUAUUUACUCAUGCUUCUUUAGACUGAAUCAUUACAGGACUUAAAUGAAUUAUGACUGUAAAGGACUGUAAAAUGUUUAUAUAAUUACGCCAUAAAAUAAAACGAUGCAUUAUAUGCAAUAAAGACAAA